UUUGGAAAGAUCGCCUGGGGCUUUCAGAGUUCUGUGCCGACUCCAAAAUGGAUAUCGGAGGUGGUGGCUGUGGCCGGAUCCCGUACGAUGACUAUCCCGUGGUGUUUCUGCCUCCUUAUGAGAGCCCUCCUACCUGGAUCCCUCCUCAUGAGAGAAUUUACCAUUCGGAUUAUAACAAUGAGCUGACCCAAUUCCUGCCUCGUACCAUUGUGUUGAAAAAACCUCCAGGGGCACAGCUGGGCUUUAAUAUUCGAGGAGGAAAGGCAUCGCAACUGGGGAUCUUCAUCUCUAAGGUGAUACCGGAUUCAGAUGCACAUCGAGCCGGAUUGCAGGAAGGAGACCAAGUGUUGGCAGUUAAUGAUGUCGACUUCCAGGAUAUCGAGCACAGCAAGGCUGUGGAGAUCUUGAAAACUGCUCGGGAGAUCAUUAUGAGAGUCCGAUUCUUCCCAUAUAACUACCAGAGGCAGAAGGAGCGAACGGUUCACUAGAAAUCCCUUCCCAGCUGGCAGCCUU